AUGGUGAGGUGGCUUCCCGUGGGAUGGAUCUUUGCUUUUUUGGCUCUUGGCACAUUGACAGAAGCAUCGCACUUUCGACACGGCAGUAUAAUGUGGUCUCCAGACGAUUCUAACAGCAACACGGUAUAGUGCUUAAUAAUUCUUUCAAAACAGUUUAAACUACCCCGGGUAAAACUGAUCUAGUAUCCAAAUUCAAGUUGAGUCGAACCCAGGAUAUACAAGAUGGUACAUAUAUGCAUAUUUACUUAACAAAUGAAAAUGUUCACUUAUGCAAAUUCUUACCAAUGGUGGGAGGUGAAUAGGUUAAAGAGUCGGCAAAUUUGGCUCUCAAAAACCUAUGAAUCACAAAGUUUGAAAAAUUUGAUCGGAUGCGCAUUUUGGCCCGAUAUGUUUGUGUUUUGCUGAAGAACUUUUUCAGUUUUGACAUAUGACUUUUUGCUCUUAACGGCCCAGAAGUUAGGUUUCAAAUGCAAGAGUUCUACUUUCUCGAACGCCUCUACCCACUCAAAUGUACGGAAAGUUAAUGUGGCUUUGGACGAAUGUAACAUCGGUAGACCUAUAGAACGAGAAAAAAUAGCGCACAUCUUCUGAUUUGCAUAGCCAUCAUCCUCCCCCCUCCUCCUCCGAAUGUUAUUUUGGAAGGACCAACGUUCACCUAUUUUGAUAAAGGUUUGGCCUUUUAAACACAAGACAACCUUGAAAUAGUCCUACACCAGGAUAAAAGAACAACAGGGAGAUCAGGAUAAACCCAAAACGAAUAUGGUUGGUGAAGGAUAGCGAAGAUAUUCACGGAUUGCAAAAAUUUACGCCGAUCAAAUUUCCGUGACGUACUGACAAGCCAUUUUGCGUUGUUGUACAAUGGUGGCGGUUCGAUCAUGCGUCACUUACCUUGAACUUUUGUUGCCUGUAGUUCAAGGAACGUCAUCUUUGAAAACCUUUCCGUAAUUUCUUUGACCUUCUCGCAUUGAACUGAAAUAAUUCCCAGCGAAAGUAUCUCGAUUAUUAUGUUUACCGUCCAUUUUACACCUAUCUUCCCAUGCAGCCAAGUGUGUCGCUUUUCUAAAAAUAUUGAAUUACAGAUGAUGCUGCGCGUUGCCUGGAGAUCCAUUAUUAGCUUCAGCAAUAGCGCCACAGUUAAAGUCAUACGUCAUUUCACUUCCUCUUAACAUACCCCUUUCAGUAUGAAGGAAUAUUGUCCAACUCACUGUUCGAUUUAGGUUUGAAAGGGACGGUGGUACAAAUGAGUCAUGCAGUUUUACCGUAGUACACAUCAGACGAUCUGUACUUUAAGAAAAGGUGCCGCUUACAAAAUUAGAGCAGAAGCAGCUCAUAAGUAUGGAAAUUACCCGAAUAUUAACUGUUCCAAUUCAAAACAUAGUCAUGUUGUCCCAAGACAUAACAUUUUCAAACGAAAUCCUCCUUCGCAGAUUUAAGAAAAUGAAAGCUAAGAUUUCCUUUCGCGAUAUUCCCAUGUUUAAAGUAUUAUUGAACCAUCGUACUAAAAUGUUGAAAUUCUUCAACUUCCCUUAAUUCUUAAGCGUACCUCGCCAGGGACAUAUCCCUAUCUUGCAUCAGAGAGGCGAAGACAAACAAUUUCUUCUUGAAGGUGCCAUAGAACUAGGGUUAUGUUCGGAAUACUCGCCUAUCUUGAGCUUGAGGCGCCUGUAUAGAAAGUCAUUUAUGAACUGCGUUUCAACGCUUGCUCCAAGAACUGCUAAUAGAUGAUUUUCGGUGAUUACAAUUCGAUCAUAAACAAGUAAUCUCUCAUCUUGAGUUUGAGAUUUCUAUAUUUCGAGUCGAGUCAUUUACGAAUGUCAAGUCAUCACAGAGAACUCAGCAUGACUGUAAGUUAUCUCUAAAUUUAGCAAUUCAAUCAUUGUUCAUUGUGUGAGAAACGUGAAGGGCAGAUGAUGUCGCGCAAUCAUACAUAAUUUUAAUGAUGCAUGAUUGCGCGACAUCAUCUGCUGUGUUAAAACACUUCGCCACAUUUAAACCAAUAAAUGCAUUUUCUCCCACCUACGCGAAGUGGCUUAUAUUGCUAGUCUACCCUGUGUAUCAGUGGGCAAACUUAGUGUAAUCUACCUGUUUGUUCUCAGGUACACUUUUCAUUUCGUAUCGGUUGGAGACGAUCAAGCAGUGGUAGUCUCAAUUGUGACCAAAACAUGAAAAGCAGCGGUCAACUUAUUAAUUACGGAGGCUGGUGGAAAGCGGGAUGUGACAAUUCGUAUAAUUCAUUGUGUGGGUCUUCGCUUACCAUUUCAAACACCUAUUUCUACUGCACUGAUUAUAGUGUCCCUGAGGAUUGGACAGUGGGCGAAAAUAACUUCACUUACACUUUCAGUAACAGCGAAAAGCAGUGGCACGUGAGGUAUGUUUUCUUACAUCUUAAGAACUGAGCAGAAGGAAACUUCUGUUAAGUUUCUUGCUGUCAUAUUUUCUCAUCACACUGUACUCACUCGCCGUCUGAGAUGCAUGUGAGAGAAGCAUGUGCUAUUAGGACUCGAUUUAGAGACACCUCAAGAGGCCGGAUCAUGUUCUCGAUAUAGGACUUAAGUUUGUCAAUCUAGUUUGUCAGAUGACAUGUUUUAGGAACAACGAGGUCCACAACCGAAAAACUCGUUGCAAUUUUUAGCCAACGUUCUCAUAGUGGGUUUACAUGACAAUCCAACGGGAACCUAAGAAAAUGACAAUGAUAAUUUUUAUGAUAAUAAAAAAAUGAUCAUUAAAUGACAUCAAAAAAGAGUCUUUUACCAAAAGGUAGCAAUUAAGCUGUUAUAUUGUUUUUACGUUACGAUAGGAAUGGUAUCACUGUACCAAACUGUUCAAAUACCGGCCCCGUUAAAAUGUCAAAAUAACUUACAAACUAUUAUUGGACAAAAUACUAGAAAUUAGUAUUUUAGAUCGCUAGAGGUUACAGUGAAAUGAAAUUUUAAUGAAAGGUUUCGUUAAUAACCGAGAAAAUCUCGUUGAUUUAGGCGCAUACUCAAAUACGCAAUAAGACAACUUCAAGGCUUAAAUGCGAGGUUGGGUGAACAAAAGUCAAAAACCAGGUGGAAGCUCAUUACAACUUUUCUAUUUUCUCUCUUCCUACAAGUUAUUCAGGUUGCUGUUGGAUUUCUCUAAGUCAUUACGCUGGUUCCUCAGGUUGGAAAGUAGAAACUGCAAUAAACCUCGCUCCACGAUCGGAUAACGGAAAAAUUAACUCAUCUCCUGUAACACGAAGUCCAGCCAUUGUUCGAUUUCCAGGAGGUUGUCGCCAGUCAUUUCGAAUUCCAGUUGAAGACCCAGAUGGCGAUACAGUAAAAUGUCGCUUUGCGACUUAUUCGGAGUCCCUCAAAGUCAAUACAAGUUUUCCUUACGGUGAAAUGGAUGAGGUAAUUGAAGGCAGGAUUUACCAAAAGUUGAAAUGAACUUAUUUUAUUUUUAUUUAUUUAAUACUAAUACUAAUGAAUUUUACAGUACUCGACAAUACAAUGUAAUACGAUGCAUUACUUACAAAACUGCUUAUUUGCACUAAUAACAAUACACUAUAUGAAAUAGUCUUAUGAUAUAGUACAUCGUCUAAAAAAUUUGGUUCGAGAUCUAGACGUUCGGAAAAAAAAAUGCAUGGUGCGAAUUUUCCAGAAAAGAAACGUUGAGUAUCAUAGGGAAACCACCGUAGUAUGUCAGGAGCUGAAGUGUGUUCUAGGCUCCGGGAAUACGUCUCCUCACGAAUAGGAAAAUAUGCAUCAUUCAGCGAACUCAAAAGGGAGUUAUCAGUUACUAUCAAUUUCCCUCGCAGAAAUCUUGUGUUCUAACUUACAAUGGGUCGCAAGCAGCAGUUGGCGGAAUUUUUGCAAUAGCAUUAACUUUAGAAGACUUUCCAGCGGGGACUACAAACUUCGCUAGCGCCACACCAUUCAGUGGUAUCCCAUUACAGUUUCUUGUCAUGGUGAUUGGUAACCAUGCUGGUCAUUGUGACGAAAAGCCUGUCUUUACAGCAUCCACCCCAAAAGAUGGUGAAUGUUCCGAUCUUCCUAUUGGCUCCGCCUAUAGAGCAGUGAUCGAAGUACAGGUUGCAGACUUCUCAAAAUCGUAUGUAAACUAAACAACUUGCCAUUCAUUAGUUUCUUCCUUAGAUUUUUCUUCCACUUAAGAGACGCAAAUACCUAACUAUUAAGAUCCUCAUAGCCAAAAAGAUUACAAGCUCUCAUAAAUAAUGACCAACUUUGAAGGGUGUUAAUAUAAGCUACCAUGCAAAUUCUGUCCCAUUCAGGUCGUUAAAAUGAUGAAGAAUUUCUAUUAGAGCAGAAAAAAAUAAUCAAUUAACGCUUCACGGUUUUCAGCAAACAUCUACGUGAGUAAAAUUGGUAACGCAACAAGUUAUAAUUUCUGGUGCGGAACCUGAACAUUUCUCAGCAUUUGAAGUCAUUAUCAUUUAUGAUAAAUUUAAAGUUAUUCUACUCAAUUACUUUAGCAUUGUGGAAAUAAGCACUGCAUCUCCAAGUGGAAUGCAACUUACAUCUUUACGCAAUCAUGGACAAAUCUAUUACCGAAAUGUCACGUGGUACCCCAGUCAAUAUCAAAUUGGACAGCAGUUGUUCUGCUUUAAAGCAAGCGACUCUGCUGGGUAAGAAUUGCAGGUGGUAUGGUCAUUAACCCCAAAUAUAUUAAUUUAGGCGGAUUGAUUUUUUUUGCUCUGCUGGGUAAGAAGUAAAGGUGUUAUGUAUAUCAUUAUUAGAGUAAUAACUUCACUAUUGUUAAUCGUUAGAUUAAGUAUUUUAAGAAGGGAAACUGAUAAAUUUUCGUUUUAUGAAGUAUCUUACCAUUUUGUUUGUAGAUCUUAUCAUAAAGUUUGUGGACAUAGUUUUUUUAUCAUUAUUUUUAUUGAUGACUUGCGCCUUACUUGUAAGAAUGAUUGCAACAGAUAUGACCAUAAGUCAUUAGGAGUAGAUAUUUAGUUGUCCCCAUCGCUACACUGGCUCAAUAAGUGAAAUAGAGGACUCAGUGGAACAUUUUAUACUUGGGUGGAUGUGUGUGCUUGUGGUUGUGUAUGACGAAGUGUAGGUAGUGGUUGGUGUUUGGCUUUCCCCAUCCCCCAAAAACAACUUAAUCGUUUAUAUUUAUCUGUUUAUUUAUCGAAGUUAUUUUUAUAUUUGCUUUCCUUAUGUGAUGUAUUUUUUUGUUUUACAGACUGGAAAGUGAAUGGCGAUGUGUGACAAUUCUUGUUGGCACGAGUAAGGAAAUUAAACACUUUUCUUUUUGAGAGUCGGACUUGAUUAAUAAUUCAUAUUGCAUUGCAGCAAUAGUAAGUACACUAGACAGAAAUCUGCUACUGAGGUAGGUGAAUUCGGUUACCCGUUGACUUUCAUCGAAACGAAAAGGUAAAAGUCGGAACUGCAUCUUUAAAACAGACUUGUAACCCAUUGAAAUAAAUUUCCUUUCAAUAGCCAUCUGGAAUUGAAGUAAUAUUUGAAUACUCGAAAAGGUUUCAUUUUCGAGGUGUCCACCCAUGUAAUUGACAUUUAGAUUGUUGUUACACCAAUGACGUCCUACCGGAAGACGUUUAGUAUCUUACUGAGAAUGGAAAGGAAACAAAUGACAUUUUGAGCCACUUUCUCAUAGGAGUUGGCUUAUAGGCAGAGUACAGUAUCAUACAAAAGUGAUCAGGAAUGAUUAUGUGAUUGGUAUUUCUUUGUGCAAAUAGAGCUUCAACGAUUGAUGAUCAACAACCAUUUUCUAGGUAGUACUCCACGAGUCCUUUUAGCAAGUCGCAUGCCCAUGACACCCGUGAGCAAAUACGGAUCAGGUUAUUCGUACUGGAGCAUUCGGUUUGACCGAUUGGUAAGGAUAACAAACUUGUAACCUUGCUAAUUUUUAAGAGCGUCGAAACACGGUUAUCAAAAAUAUUUGGGAUCAGGCUCUUUUUCCAAUGAAACCUCUUUGGGCAAUUUUUUCUCACUUUCAACUUGAAUGAGUUUGGUCACAUUUGGCCAUAUUUUCACGCAUCUUCUGAGAAUAUUUGGCAUUAUGGGUUACGCUCUUAGCAAGUUCAUAACCCACAAUAUUAGCCCUGCUUUUUUAUUUCUAGUAUGUUUUUUCGUAUGAUUCAUUAUUGAGGAGAAAAACUGUACACGUUAUCAUUGCCUUUACCUGGUCUUUCUGAGGUAUUUAAACAAAGAGAUCUUGUCGCGUCUUUCCCGCGCUUUUCGUAGAGUUUAAAUUAUAAUUAAUUAUUUUCUUUAUCUUGGGCCCCCAGCGGGACAAUGUGGUUGGCUCACUGCGAAAAUUUAAAGCCGUGGAAACCGUGUUUGUUUUCUUUCAUACAUAAUGGGAUAUAGAUUUCAGGUGUAGUGUGGGAAUCAAAGUGGGUGUCGAUUACAUUCAUAUAUAAAGGAAAAGCGACAAAACUUUUCGUCUGAUUCAUCUUCACUUUUGGGUAAACCCGAAAAGGGACAGUUUUCCUUUGCUGGUACUCCACAGAUCUUAUGUUGUCACAUUAAAUUUCGAUAUCAUCUACUACGUGAAAUCAUUGAACACACACAGAAGAGCAUGGAAUAUGUUAAUAUGUACAGCUCCUAAGACAAAGGAAGCUGUGAUGGUGCAUAUGUAAGAUCGCACAUCUCUAAGGGCUGUGCCCCCGGUUCUUAGCGUAGCCUGGUUUUAUUUGUGGAUGAAUUUAGUAAUUGGUUCUUAUCCUUCCUCUAUGACUUUUUUGUAAGAUUUUCCCGAUUUUCCUCCUUCAAAAAUCCAAAAUUUCCUCGCAGUGUCCUAAAAACGGGGGUGUCACACCUUACGGAAAUUCCAAUACUACUCAAUUCGAGUUGUUCAAAAUUGAUCGUGUCCAAAUAAACGACACAGCGAAAAAUACACUAAUGCACUCUCCCAUUUUGUUUGACAAAAACUCUGUUUUACGAUAAGAAAGCUUUUUAUUUUCUGUAGAUAAAGAAACCUCGAACAUCGUCUUUCAUAAGACUCGUCUUGCUGCCCAGUGGACAAACAGUCUACAAAGUGGACGCACUCUCUCAAAACGUGACAAUUGGUAGUAAUUCAACCACACUGCAUUUUGCGAUUCCCCAUCCUGUGUUGAGCAUGGAGGGAUCGUAUGCAAUUUUAAUGAAUAGAGGAGUAGUAGUUGGACAGGGCUGUUCGUCUAGCGGUACACCCACACCCGGAAUAUCAUCCUCGAGUGCCUGGAGGUUCUACGUAAAUGGCGUCUGUUCUUCUGGGUAUUCUCUACGCUCACCUUACUUCUUAAGCUGUGUUGGUAAGCAAAAUUGUAGAUUUUCUUAAUUGCUGAAAAGAAAACCCUUGAGGAACUAGGCACACUCAAACAUUUAUUAGAAAAAUCUUCAUCAAGGGUCUCUGAGGAUUUGUUUUACUUCUAUCGUGUGGCUGUAUUAGUCCCGCGACACUUUACCAGGACCGUGGAACUAGCUUUUGGAGGAUUCUGAGCAUAGAUUUCCCCAAAAUAAUUCCCAUCCGAUUGUCCUUCUUUCCGUUCAUCUUUCCUAAAUCUGUGGGUCCGUCCCUCCACUCAUGCACCCUGGUCAUGUAGUCAUCCAUGCUUUCACCCAUCCUUCUCCCGUCGUGUAAUUAGUCUAUAAUACCUGUGCACCCGUGCUCUCCGUUUGCACGGAUCUUGAUGAAUGCAGCAUUCAGUAAUGUCUUCUUUUUUUUCGCCUUAAAGAUGUAGAUGAAUGUGCCUACUCUGGUUCCAAAGGUGAGUGUCUGUAUCUUCAGGUUACUAUAACAGCAAUAACGACAGACACGUUGCGGCUAAAAGGCUGGAAAAUUGCUUAACAUUGCCGCAAAAUGUUUUCGAUUACCCACAAUUUUCUUUUUCUGUAUAUUGGAAAGCUUCAGGUCCGUCAAAUAUUUUUCCGGAGUUGACGUUAACCGCAGGUUGCGAUCAGGACUGUGACAACACUCCCGGAAAUUACAGCUGUUCUUGUGAAAGGGGAUUUCAACUGCAGUCGAACGGGAAGUCUUGUACGGGUGAGAAACAUGAGAAGUAUUGACUAAUAAUCAUAAUCGGCUAGAGUAUGUUACUCGUAUUCAUAUCACUCUCUUUACAAAUAAAAACGACGAUCCAAUAAGAACAUCCGUACCAGUCUUUUAGAAUGUGACACUUAUUUGAUCGCUCUCAUAAACAGUCAAUCGCUCUCUGGAAACAGCCGAAAAUAUUUACACUUAAUUGUACCUAAUAAGCAAAGUGGCAAACACCUCUUAAGCUUAAGCCCUUUUCCUCUGAUGAAUCUUUAUAGUAAAGGCUCUCAAUAUUCUAAAUCGGUUACUAUGCAGAGUUGUCAAACUGAAAGGUGAAGUGAGCUUUCUUUUUUAGAUAUCAACGAAUGUACCGUCAAUAAUGGUGGCUGCAGUCAUCAGUGCUUCAACAUCCCCGGAACAUUUUACUGCGGAUGUCCUAAAGGGUUAACUAUGGGAUUAAACAAUUUGACUUGUGUUGGUGAGCAAUGGCUAGUGUGGCCCUAAAUGUGUAAAGAGGAAAAAAAAAUAUAUAUAUAUAGGAAAUUCACCAGGUUGUCUUCAAGAGAAAGCGACAAGAAAUAUCACAUUUAAGAAGUAUCAUUUUACUCCAAGCCUUUUGGGUCCGAUUUUAAAUCUCUUAAUUUCUGUGUAAGUAACAAAGAAGUCUAGAUUUCUCACGAGAGUAGAGCGUAUAAUCUUAGUCCCCUGUAAAAAUAAUACGCGGACCGGACCACCGAUUUGGUGUAAUUAUUCUACUAGCUAAAGUAGGGUGAGUUCAUUAGUGAGCACGGCUUUAUGCUCGGAUUAGGUACCAGGUGGUGUUAAUUUCCUAGGAUUACAAAUUUCGAAAGUGUCUUGUGUGGCAAAUUUUAAGCACAGUUAUGAAAAAAAAAACAUCUUAGACUUUUUAACUACUCAGGUAUUUAUUUCUUUCUGUCCGUUACAUGAUAAUAAGAAGCAGCAAACCUCUAAAACAAAAUUUUGAAAUUAUCCUCAAGUUUGUAAACCUUCUGUCACAUUUUAGACCAAACUGCAAGUGUUUCGUGUGGGGAGAACAGAAUGACGGUUUCUCUGGAAAAGCAAAGAUUCCACUACUUUACAGUCAAUCAACUACGCUUGCGCUAUGCCUCAUGCAAAGCCACCGAGAAUUCCACCCACUUCUUGAUCAGCACCUCUUUAGAUAGCUGUGGGACGCAGCGAAACGAAACCGAAGACUAUUUAAUCUUCUGGAAUGAGGUCCUGGCCGACGCCCUGAUAAUCGAUGGUGUGGUUACUCGUACACAUGAUAUAAAACUGCCAUUCUACUGCCGAUACUCCAGAAAGAAGUUAAUGAGUCUGGCCUUCACACCUCAGAGGAUUUACUUUGGGAAUGAAAGUAACCUAACUAGAUAGAUAACUUUAUUAUGAAUGGGUGUGAUUAACACCGCAGAACUGACGUUAUUUACGUUAGAAGGGACCCCAGGUCGGUUUUAUUAGUAUGAAGCAGUCGAGAGUAUUGUUUCUUCUUUGUACGAGUUGCAAGUCAAUCGUAGGCUAACUCGGCCCCAGUAAGUUAUCUGAGAUCCCUCUCCGUUUUAUUCCCAUCUAUACUAGGAGUAGAGAAGGAUAUCAGUGUUGUUUCUUGCCCAAAAAACAUCGCAAUAACCUAGCCAGGGCUUGAGUACAGAUCUUUCGGUCUUAGGUCUGCCGCGAUAACCGCCAGGCUACUGCGCAAGUACCCUGUCCAACUCAGGACCACCCACGCAGGUAGUGGGAUAAUUUUUAAAAAUCUCAAACCUUCUGGGUAUCUGCAAAGUGAAACGGAGCAGUUAGACUCGGAACAAACAAAAGCAUUCCAACCGAACCUUAUACUUCCAGAUAGAAAGCUCUAAACCAUGUAAACCACUCUGCCAUGCCAGCUUCACUUGAGAAUCUUGACCUCUAAAGAAUAUUUCGCUGUAAGAUUAGGUACAGCCUUCUGUUUAGGGAAGAGACUAGAGUUAUUACCCGAAAUAGAGAUUUCCUUCGACGUUUGUCAUGAAAUGCCCCGUAUGAACCAAAUUCUACCUUGUUUGAUUUCAGUCCUGAGAACGUUUCCUAAAGGUACCUUUUCAGCUGGUUAUAACGAUUAAAAUAAAGAAGACGCUGACAUGGUCUUUUUUAUAAUUUUCGCUAUUUAGCUGGAUAUGGUUCGUUCACCUUCAAGAUGGACUUCUAUAGGAAUUCGUCUUUUAUCACGCCCUUCACGGAGCGAGACUACCCUCUAUCAGUGGCUCUGAAUGAGUAUGUGUAUUUACAGUACAGCGUGGCGUCCUCAGCUGACCUAGUCAUCAUGGCUGAGAACUGUAAGGCGACUAAAGAUGCAAGCUUUUAUUCGUGGCCGCAAUACACCUUCCUUCGAAACGGGUAAGCAUAUAAAUAUACCUUGAUUAAGCAGAACCAGCUGCUAGCUAAGCUUUCAAAACUUUCAAAGCCUGAUACGAUUAUUGCAACACAAUAUAAAAAGGCUGUGGUUAAGACAGCCUAUACAAUAAAACUAAUGAAUAACAAGCCGUUGAGUGAAGACCAGCAAAUUCAUUCUUAAUCGCUAUUUGGUCCUUGGCCUUUAUAUGGUCUUGUUGGUGAACCGGUCUUAGGUCUUCAAGGGUCCAUACUGAGGCUCUGCUAUUUACGAUUUUAUUUGUUUUAUUUUCGUAUUGUUUUCGUUUUUUUGUUAUUUCAACGGAAAGAUGCCCCACAGAUUCGACGCUUGACUACAGUUAUAAUCCAACCCGACACUACCAACAGUUUAAAAUCAGAGCACUUAGAUUUUGGAACGACUACGACACAGUGUACUUCCAUUGUGAGCUGCUGGCCUGUCACCAUAACUAUCCUGAUUCCAGGUUGGUCUCAAAUUAUUCAGUUACACUGCAAACAAGUCAGGGUGAAUUACCCCAACUGGAUUUUAGAGAGCUUAUGAUCCUUCCAGGUGUGACUGCGAAAUGUCUCAGCCGAUUUUGCUUUUUCUUGUUUGUUUGUUUGUUAUAAAAUCCGUGAGAUGCUUCCACAAGAAAUAUUACAUCUGACCUGCUUGGUGUAAUUGAUGAAUUCGGUGAAUGAUAAAGUUUUAUUCUUAGUAUCGAUAUAAAUAUAUAUUUUGCAUGCAAACUAAGUGGACUAUUCCGCCGGAUCUCAUCCAAACCCAUCCCCGUACCUUAAAUAUUGCUAUCCUUCCAGCGCGGAGUACUGGUCCGUCGUAGAAGGUUGCGUCAAUGCUCUUUGUAAAAAUUUUCCUUGACUCUUCUUUACUACUAGCUUACACUCCUGGUUUGAGACAGGUAAUUUAAGAGGAAAGUGGCUUGCUCAUGUAAAUAAACAACACGAUAGCCUUGAAAGGGCAAGCGCCUGAAUCUUUCGUUCACGAUCACAAUGCGAUUACCAUUUCUGGCCAUCUUGAUUAGUAGUGCCUUCUUAGGGAUGGCUUAAAACACUUAUAGAGAGGGAAUAAAAACAAGGCAAGUUUAAGGCGGCUCACUGGUUCACUGGUCCGCUGAUGGAAAAUUUCAAAAUGUGGUUAUUCAAAAAUGCAUUGCUGAUUCUUUUGCAUUUUUGUCCACGUGCUAAUCAUUCGUAAUUCAAAAUCCGAAGAACACUUUUGCAGGUGCAGUAAAGGCUGUAUAAAGAACAAGAGAAAGAGGAGAGAAGUGACACGAGAUGGAGGAAACCAAGAAGAGAGUACAAACAAAAUCAUUCUUACAGGUGGACCUGUAGUGUUCGAGGCGGCAAAAAAAGACGAACCACUCGAUCACAAUAGGUUUACGAAAAAAUAACUCGUUAAUACAGUGUUUUUAUCUGUUUGUUACGUUACGAUCCUUUUAAUGAAUCGGGUCUAAGAAAGCUGAAGGCUGCAUUAGUGUCACCGCGUCUGUCACAUGAUCCCACUACUAUUUUUGAGGGAAGAAUGGCACCUUCUGGAGUGUAUAUAUUGAUCCAUAGCAAAGAUGAGGAUUUAGAUCCAAUGUCUAACACCCAUGCGCUAAAACCACAACCAAGCAUUCUUUUGAGACCCCGCUGUCCUCCCUCCUAAAUGAGAGAAACUUUUUUUUUACCCCUGUUACUGCUUCUUUGCAAAAGGAUGCGUCGUUUAUCUGUACCAUCAGAGCCCAGCCCCACACCUGUGCUCAGCAAUACAUUUGCAACUCUUACCCAACUCUAUAAUGAUAAUAGCGUCUCGUAGAUUUUGUCGAGUCUCAGCAUACAAGCCACGAUUCUUUUGGCCGGCGCGAUAAAACUUGAGGGAUCCGACCUACUCAUCAAGCAUUUCACGAAUCUGAUUGGCUGUUAGGAAAAUGAAUCGCAAAGCAAGAUCCAGAACUUAAUUCUUAAAGAGGCCUUAGCCCUCGUCGCUGACUGAAACGAUCACGGUUCAGAGGUUGGGACUUGAAUGAUAUGGUUCACCAGGGGAGUGAAAUGUGUUCUUGUCUGUUGUUUUAUAGAGUUAAGUCAAAGUAAACAUACAGCUCUAAUCGGUGGUGUGGCAGGCGCUGGAGUAUUUGGACUGGUCGCAGUUGUAGCUCUGGCUGUUUUGUUGGUCAAGUUCCGAAGGACGCAACGGUUAUCAAACAGCAAUAAUGACGAGAGAGUUGGACACAACAAUCUCGCUUUCAAGCCGGAGGAUGAUGUGAAAGGAAACCAAAGCAGUGCUUAAAACAAUUAAAGUGUUAAAAGACUAAUGGCAGCUUCAAUUGUUUGCUAAAUUGCCUGAAUUUAUAGCCUGUUCGUCACUUUUCGGGGGGAGUAUAUUUGUUCGCGUAUUUCUAUAUUGUAGAGCGCGUGAAAACUAACAUUGGUUUCACCAAGGGCUCAAUGUUAUUAUGAAAGUGUCCUAUAGACACUUAGCAAUACAGCAGUGUGUAUUAAUCAAACCUUUUAAUUUUGAGCAUAUACCGAGAUCAUGUAUAAUCAGCUAUUAAUAAUAGAACCCAUAAUAACUUUUUAAAAUUUUUUUAUGUCUAACAUGGUUUUGUUAACAUUGUUAAAGAAGAGAAAUAAUAAACCGCUAUGCUGCAAUUUUGCAAAUUAUCUCGCCUGGUUCUUACGAUAAUAUGCAACCAAAAUCUUACGCAGUAUGUUUUCAAGAGUAUGUUCUUGAAACCAUAACAUUUUCAUUUUAACUAUCCUCAGUUAAAAAAAUCGCUAAUACUUUAUUCAAAUUUACGUCAUUUCCUGUAGAUUUUGUAAGUUAAUUUUUUUUCAAAUGUUCUCAAAACUUGAUUGCCCAAAUGAAUGAAAUACACCAUCUGGAUGUUUGGACGACUAGAGACACAACUAUUUUGAAAACAUAUCAGUAACCCAGUCCACAAAUAUCCGCUGCUAUCGUUAUCAAAAAACAUAAUCAUUUGAGUUAUCUGUGUCACUUGUCUAGCUCCUAAUUUGUCAAACAGAUCGUCGAGAGAUGGGCACUUUUUAACACAAUUUUUGAAAGCCUAGGUUAUUAUUAAUAAUCUCAAACAGCGGAUCUAACAAGCCAGCUGCCAGUUGGCUCGUUAGCUUAGUUAGUAGUGGUCUGCACCGGUAUCGCAAAGGUCAGGGGUUCGAAUCCCGUACGGGCCUGAAUUUGUUUUUCAGGUCUUAUUUUCACUACUAGUUCAGCAGUAUUCAUAACUGCUGGGGUCGCUUAUAUUCGUUUAUAAGUGCUUGUUAACACCAAACUCGAAAUCAUGUUGUUCUUACUCAAACGGACGAGAUUUUGGCAAGCAAGCGCGUGUUAUAUUUUUAAUUUGCACUCGUGUUGCAAGAAAAGUGCACUCGUUUUCAGCCAAUCAGACGAGCGUAAUAGGAGUAAGCGUCAUACUUGUAACUGCACAGUGUUAUAAGACAGUUGACACAUCAUGCCUGCGGGUAAGUGGACGGUACGCGUCAUAUGUUCGCCCUGUUGUCGUGCAUUUCGCCGAGUUUUUUUGUGAAAACUUAUGAGUGAUGUCUAUUUUCUUUCUCCAAUUUUGUCAUAGUUUUGAUUAAUUGGUAAAAGAACUUUGUCGUCCAAUUAGGUCUGUAAUCAUACUCAUGAUAAUGAAAUCGGACUUCGGUUUCGAGGUUGCCCGAUUUUGACAAUCACUCGUAUGAUUACAGACCGAAUUGGGCUCCACUCGGUCUUAUUACCAUUGUAUAUAGCAUAAAGCACAAAACGGAACAGGACGAAAUGUUAGUAUAUUACAGUUAAUAUUCCUCGGAAUUUUAUCAGGUUUCCCUGCGAGUUUGCCGGUACCCGUUUGUAUUCGAGGAGGAAGGUGUCUUGCCUCGCAAUAUUGCAGUGACAGACCCAGGGUUGAUAAUAAGACCUUUUUAUCCCGUUUCUAGUUAUUGGACUACCGUAUCUCCCACCAAUGCCAACUAUCUGGGGACAGUAAAGUAGAUGUAGAUAAAGUUCUUUUCGAUGAAGGGUCGCCAAGCCAAAACCAACCACAACAGCCAAUCAAAGGAAAGAAAAAUAACACAAGAAGCCAAAGGGAAGUCAAAAAUAAAAACAUGUAAACUUCCUGAAGCGUGGGAAAAUGCUAUCCAAAUCGCGCUUGGUGAUACUUUUGCUGCACCUGAUUGUUUUGAAGGUGGCAUUAGUAUUCGAGACGAGCGACAAAGAGAAGGAAAGAAAAACCAUUAAAACAGGGAUGAAUUUCGACACUAUUGAAAAUUUCUUUUUGGGGUUAAGUGCUCAAAAUCUGAAUUCUGAGUUUUUGCAAGGUGCAAUUGAGGAUAGGAACCACGGCUACAGACCACUGGAACGUGAGACCACUGCAAUUCUGGCCUGUUUGCAUUUAAUGCGGUUGGAUGAACAAUUAACCUUACGGAUGCUCUAUUUGAACGCAACGGAAUGUAAUUUAAUUCUCUUUUUCCUACUUUUUCUUCAUCGUUUAAUGGGAUAUGGUACUUUCACUUUGAAGAUGGACUUUUAUGAGAGUUCUUCCUUUACCACGCCUUACACAGCGCAGGACUACCCCCUAACAGUGGAUCUCAAUGAAUAUGUUUAUUUACGAUACAGUGUGGCGUCCUCAGCUGACCUGAUCAUCAUGGAUGAGAACUGUAAGGCAACAAAAGACGCAAGCUUUUAUUCUUGGCCACAAUACACCUUUCUUCAAAACGAGUUAGUAUAUCAUUGUGCCGUUAUCAAGCAUAGAUAGUAGCUGAUCUGAUAAAUUUAGCUAAGCUAAGACCGCAGAAAACGCCUUGUCUUUUUCGUGAUUUUCAGGCGAGCGGAGAUGAGCGAGGGGCGAGCGCGAUGGGCGAGAAAUUGGUGGGAGGCGUGAAAUCAUGGGGGAGUUCGUCGCGCGCUACCUUCCUUCGCUUGCGCGAAAAACGGAGUAAAACUGACGGCUUGUUGUGCAGGCUCGAUCAACUAUUUGCCCCCUGUAAUUUGAAUCAUUUUGCUUGAUUACAUUGUUGGAACAACAUAUUAAAGCUGUGAUAAGGACCGUCUAUUUUAUAUCACCAGUUAUUGGGAAUGCCUUAACAAUCACAACAGUCUCAAUGAUAGGGCAAUCUUUCCUUCUAAAUUCGUUUAAAUUGAUGCUUUCAUAUUUACACGGAUAUCUAUUUAAUUCAUUCGAUCUUGUUUUUAUCAUCGUUUUUAACUAUAGGAUGCCCCAAGGAUUCAACGCUUGACUACAGUUAUGAUCCAACCCGGCCUACAAUACCAACAGUUUACAAUCAAAACUCUCCGAUUUUGGAACGACUAUGACAGUGUGUACUUCCAUUGUGAGCCAUCUGACGCAACGCUACACCAUUUGUGCUACUCGACGUUACCCUGAGCCAUUUGACGCAACGCAACACCGUUUGUGUACUGUAUUGCAAAUGAGUGCUAAGCUAUUCGCAAUUGAGCUAGUCCAUUUCACAAUUUCAUGUUCCAACUCGACAUGGGCAACUAGACCGUUUAUCAUUUGGCUAAACUAUCCUUGUUUAGGGCGUUCUGUUUCACGAAGGAAAACUAAACCGUCUAUAAUUUGGCCAUGCCAUUCCUUUAUUAGCUAUUCUAUCCUGCAGCUGAUCUUGAGCCCAGCUUUGUAUUCGCUGGUCUAUUUGACAUCCUUGUAUUUUUGGUGGCGACGGCCGCCAUAGUAAGUAGUGAGCCUAGAAAUGGAUAGCUCGCUAAAAUGAGUUCUUUUCAACAUAGUAAGCGAUCAGAUAAGAUGUGAUGCACUAUAGAAGAUGAUGUAUUUCUAUUGAGAAUUUGACUUAUUUUUUUAUUCCUAAGAGCAGUCGUAAAUAUUCCCAUACAAACUUCUAUAAUUUCGCCAUGACUCAUAUUUCGCAAGAUGAUCAUCUCACAGCUGGAGCUUGGUAUUUUUAUUGGGAAUUUGACUGUAUUUUUUAUUACUGAGAGAGGUCGUAAAUAUUCCCAUACAAACUCUCAUGAUUUCGCCAUGGCUCUUAUCUUGCAAGAUGAUGAUCUCACAGCUGGAGCUUGGGUCACGGUGGUUUACUCUGCUUGAGUUUAUCACCACAAGGAGCGUGACGCCGGUUUGCUUGCUCACCAGCAGUGCGUUUUCUAUGUGGUAUCCAAGAACGUGAUCAAGUCCUACAAAGAGCCUAUUGACCUCACUACACAGUCAUCUUCGGUAUGAUCUGAAGCUAUUCUAUAGAGACAAAACCUUUCCUAAACGAUACGGGCGAGCAAAUUUCAAUUGUACUUCUAUUAAAACCAUUAGGUCAUGAAUCGUUGUCUAAAAAGUCGACAGAUAAUUGGUCGACCAUUAACGCUAUUCAUUUGUGCUGGGGAGAUAUUAGAAAUAGUCAUUUCUCAAAUGAGCACGGCUCUAGGUCUAAGCCUUGCAAGGCGAGCACUCAGCGCACCGUGCAUUUCGAUUUUCCGUUUUAAGUCGAAACCUGCGAGCAACAAAAUGGUGAGGUGGCUUCCCGUGGGAUGGAUCUUUGCUUUUCUGGCUCUUGGCACAUUGACAGAAGCAUCGCACUUUCGACUCGGCAGUAUAAUGUGGGCUCCAGACGAUUCUAACAACAACACGGUAUAGUGCUUAGUGAUUCUUUCAAAACAGUUUCAAACUACUCCAGGGCAGAAAGUGAUUUAGUGUUUCAAGUACUAAAUUUAAGUUGAGUGGAAUUCAGCAUAUACAAGAUGGUACAUGUAUACAUAUUUACUUACCAAUGAAGGUGUUCACUAAUGCCAAUUUCUACAAAUAGAGGGAGGUUGAUGAGUCGGCAAAUUUGGCCUUCAAAAUCCUAUGAAUUACAAAUUUUGAAAUUUUUGAGCGAAUGGCUCGAUUUGGCCCAAUAUCUGGAUUCUCUCUGCCUUUGGAUGGUAUGUUCGUGGUCUUUUGACGAAUUUUUUUCAGUUUUUGACAUUUGACUUCCACCUGUUAACGGUCCAGGACUUCAAUUUUAAAUGUAAUGGUGCUAUUUUCUCGAACGCCUCUACCCUCUCACAUGCACGGGAAGUUAACGCACAUGUGGCUUUGGAUGAUAAUAACAUCCGAUCGACCUAUAAAGCGAGAGAAAAUAGCGUACAUCGGCUGAUUCGCAUAACCGUCAUCCUCCCCCUCCUCUUCCGAAUGUUAUUUUGGAAGGACCAACGUUCACAUGUUUUGUUAAAUUUUCAACUUCAAAAGGUUUGGCCUUUUAAACACAAGGUAACACUGAAAAAGUCUUAUACCAGGAUAGAAAAACAUCAAAGAGAUCAGGAUAAACCCAAAACGAGCAAGGAUGGUGAAGGAUGGCGAAAAUAUUCACGGAUUGCAAAAAUAUACAUGUAAACGUAUAUUUUCUUCUCACAUAGCUGUUUAGUAAAUAUAUCAAGUCUACCAAAGGUACCAUUCGUUUUUACUCAAAAGUCCAUUUUUACUUUGUAAAAGCUCGUCCAAAUUCGACGCAUUUGCCAUCUUGAAAGGCGCCAUCUUUUCUGUGACGUUUCGGGUAGAACGUCCAAAGUUUCGUUUUACAUUCGCGUAUAAUACGUAUAGGCCUUCUCCACAGCCGUUGUUUGCCGGUCUCGUCACGAUAUUUGUACUUACAGUUUGCUUGAAUAUAUUCAAUUUUUUCAUAAUGGUAAAGCGUUGUGUUGUCCUGUUUGCACUAAUUCAAACAAAACCGGGCAUACAAUGCAAAGAUUUCCAAAGGAAGCAAAUCUGAAGCGACAAUGGGUUAAAUUUGUUCAAGCAAAAAGAGCCGAUUUCGUCGAGCCGUUCAAAUAUUCUGUUGUUUGUAGCAGUCAUUUUUCUCCCGAUUGUAAUAAGAAAGGCUCUAUGGUUGAAAUGGGUCUUCAAAAGAAAAGAAAGCUUCUUCCUGGUGCUAUACUGACGAUUCCCUACCAGAAGCAAAUUAGGAAAAAAGGGACCAAUACAGUCGGCAGACAGCGAGGAUUCGGAAGUGGCCGACCGAACUGAGAAACGACCGAGGAAAAGUUUAGCUCUUCAAAGUUAGAGGUCAACAGAAUAAGUACAAAAUUGAUUUACACGGACAUCUUUCUCAUCUAUUGAAAGAUUAUGGGAAGCCAGUUGUUCGGGAGCCAGCGCUGAGCCCAUUAAACAUGAUAAAGACACUGGCCUGUCUGAACCUUUGCAUGAGUUUGAAACACGUACUAAAGAAAGAGAAUUCGUUGACGUCGGUAUUUAAUUUGAACUGGAAUUUUGUUAAUUCGAUGUAAAAAAUUCUAUACACGAUCCUAUACACGAUCUAUACACGAUCCUACAAUUAACCCUUAUGUUCUAGAAGAACCAUGCCAGCCCCACCUGCUACUUCCUUUAAGAAACCCUGCAAAGAAACAGCAGUUGAAGAAUUUGGUCGUGGUUUUCACAGCAGUAGAACUACAUUAAAAAGUCAGUAGGACAACGUUUUUUUUUUUUUUUUAAAUAUUUUAUUUUUAUUUUACUCGUUUCCGGUGUGAUUAUCUGUGCCUCAUUGCCGCCGAUUGUACCCUUGGCUUAUUGGAUUUUCAUGCCAAAUACUAAUAAAUCACACAGUAAAUUAAAUGCCAGUCUGAGUUUCCGAGAUGAUCAGCACCGAUGACAACCGGUUCUGUGCUGUCUUCGUACGGAUGGUUUCGGUGAACCCUACGCGGCUCAUAUUUUAAGGAUGUGGCCCAGGCAUUCGAGUCACAUUCUUCUGAAAAAACGUUGUCCGUACGAGCCGCCCUACCAAUCAGUUCUACUGUUGAAUAUGUGUUCAACCGCUUACGUCACGACUUCUUGCUAUUGUUUUCACCAGAAGUGGAAUUUCAGUUAAAAAUGUCGAUUUUCUCCCUGAAAUUAGUCGAAUUGGACAAAAUGAAUGGCAACUUCGUUUGCGAUAGAACUAAGGUUUUAUUCCAAAUACUCUCUUGCCUUGAGCUUGAGGCGCCUGUAUUGAAAGUCAUCCAUGGGCUGUGUUUCAACGCUUGCACCUAUUCGAACGCUCCAAGAACUGCUAAUAAAUGAUUUCCGAUGAUUAUAAUUCCAACAUAAAGAAGUAAUCUUGAAUUUAAGAUUUCUUUAAUUCGAUUCGAGUCAUCCAUGAAUGUCAAGCCAUACCAUCAUAAAGAACUGAACAUGAAUGACCUCCAAAUUAAGCAAUUCAAUCAUUGUCCAAUUUAUCCAAAACGUGAAUGCCAAAAACUGUCGCGCAAAUUAUGCAUAAUUGCGCGACAUCGUCUGUUGUGUUAAAACACUGCGCCACAUUUUCAACCAAUCAAUGUAUUUUCUCCCACAAAUGCGAGGUGGCUUUAUUGCUAGUCUACCCUGUGUAUCAGCAGACAAACUUAAUGUAAUCAACCUGUUGUUCUCAGGUACACUUUUCAUUUCGUAUCGGUUGGAGACGAUCAAGCGGUUCUAGAUGUGACCAAAACAUGAUUAGCAGCGGUCAACUUAUUACUUUCGGAGGCUCGUGGAGAGCAAGAUGCGACAAUUCGUAUAAUUCACAGUGUUUGUCUUCGCUUGCCAUUUCAAACACUUAUUUCUACUGCACUGAUUACAGUCUCCUUGAGGAUUGGACAGUGGGCGAAAAUAACUUCACUUACACUUUCAAUAACAGCGAAAAGCAAUGGCACGUGAGGUAUGUUUUCUUACAUCUUUACACUGUGCUCACUCACCGUCUGAUAUGCAUGAAAGAGAAGCAUAUGCUAUGAGGACUCGAUCUAGAGACAUCCCAGGGGGUCGGAUCACGUUCUCGAUAUAAAAAAGAGAAUCUUUUACUAACAGGGAGCAAUUAAGCUGUUAUACUUUUUUUACGUCAUGGGAGGAAUGGUAUCGCUGUACCAAACUUUUCGACUACCGGCCCCGUUAAAAUGUCAUAACAGUGUACAAACUAUUAUUGGACAAAAUACGAGAAAAGGGUAUUUCAGAUGUUGCAGUGAAAUGAAAUGAAAGUUUUCAUCAGUAACCAUGACUAUCUCGUUGAAUCAGGCGCAUACUCAAAUACGCACUCCUUUUUCUUAUUCCUUUUUUUUAUGCUUUUCUGUUUUGCUUUCUGGUGUAGUUUUCUUUGUUAUUUUUUUGGCGUGUUUUCGAACUUAUCAAUGUUGGACACCAGUUUCAAAAUGAUUGUAGAUGAUUGCAGCAAAAAUAACGACAACUUUAGGGCUCACAUUUGAGGUUGGGUGAACAAAAGAAAAAGAAAAAAACCUGGAGGAAGUUCACUACAACUUUUCUGUUUUUUCUUUUUCUACAAGUUUUUCAGGUUGCUAUUGGAUUUCUCUGAGUAAUUACCCUGGUUCCUAUAGUUGGAAAGUAGAAACUGCAAUAAACCUCGCUCCACGAUCGGAUAACGGAAAAAUUAACUCAUCUCCUGUAACACGAAGUCCAGCCAUUGUUCGAUUUCCAGGAGGUUGUCGUCAGUCGUUUCGAAUCCCAGUUGAAGACCCAGAUGGCGAUACAGUGAAAUGUCGCUUUGCGACUUAUUCGGAGUCCCUCAAAGUCAAUACAAGUUUUCCUUACGGUGAAUUGGAUGAGGUAAUUGAAAGCAGGAGUCAUCACUAG